AUGCUUCUCCUCCACCAGGCCGGCAGCGUCAAGAUCGGCGAGGUGGUGCGCUACACGGUCACAUACACCCCCUCGGCUGACCGCAUACUCCCCUCGCCCGAGUUCCUGUUCUUGCGCAUCCGGAACACGUCGGCUAUCGCACUGCGCGCCGCUUUCGUCCACGGUCCCUACACUCUAUCCGUUGCUGCCUACCCCUCCCACUUCAAUCCGAACCAAAAGUUUGAGCAUCCGCGUCGGUAUGGCGUCCCUGAGUUUGAGCCUAUGCUCAAGGCCGGCGCUGUUUGGAACUGCCAUCUCGUCGUGCCCGAUAACAUCCGCCAGACAGCCGGUGAGGGUAUGAGCGACAGCGGCCGCCAUAGCCACUUUGCCGACGGUCCCAACCAUGGCGGCGAGAGCGCAUCCUGGAUCAUAGAGAUUACCUCGCAGGUCAUAUUUUCCACAUCGGCCGCCGUGCACUACGAGAUCUUGCUGGCUCGUGACGAGAAGUCUCUCAACCUCGGCUCCGUCGUUCCCGUCAUCCGCGGCCAGGCCCAGGUUCCCCAGCCAGGCCGUGUCAGCGAUUUCCAGCAGAGCAUCGGCAGCAAGCACCACCAAGUGCAGCUCAAGGGCGUCUACUCAAAGGCCAUCCGAUUAAAGGUCGAGGAUACCGCCACCCUGUGGAACACUCCCCAGCUACCGGGUUGGGAAUAUGGUGCCGGGGAGUGUGUCAAACAUAAUGGCGCCGAUGCCCCGGUCGAGCCCGUUGUGCCCACCGCGAAUCCCCAGGAACAAAGGCCACCAAAGCGCCAGAAAAAGGUGCACUUGGUCUUGCUAACGCAUGGGCUACACAGCAACCUGGGCGGCGAUAUGCUGUUUCUCAAGGAGAGCAUUGAUACGGGGGUGAGGCAGGCCAAGGUUGAUGCGAAAGUGCGCAAAGCUAGGGAGCGUGCCACACGGGCGGAGGCAGAGUCAGGGGCCGACGCGACAGGGCGCGAGGGCCAUGCUGCAGAAGAGAAUGGCAGCGAUGACGAUGGCGAGGAGGAAGAGGUUGUUGUACGCGGCUUCUCGGGCAACGCGACAAAAACAGAGAAGGGCAUCAAGUACCUGGGAAAGCGACUAGCCAGAUACGUUCUGUCCAUGACGUACCCGGACCAGCCGUUCCAGCCUACGGCAGCCACGUCUUCCGAGUCGAGCACGCUCUCGUUCAGAUCAAGCUCGCUCAAACAAGACGACUUGAAUAAAAAGGCGGCCAAGCACGGCGCAACAACCCCACGCACAAUUCCCCCUGCACCACCCCCCGAGCCCCAGAGGCUGUACAAGUUCACCAAGAUCAGCUUCAUCGCCCACUCUCUUGGCGGCCUGGUGCAAAUGUACGCCAUUGCAUACAUCCAGAAGCACUCGCCGCAGUUCUUUGAUCUCAUAGAGCCCAUAAACUUUAUCACUCUAGCGUCUCCAUUUCUUGGUCUCAACCACGAAAACCCACUUUACGUCAAGUUCGCUCUGGACUUCGGCCUCGUCGGAAGAACUGGCCAGGACCUUGGACUGACCUGGAGGGCCCCUACCAUUGCACGGAGCGGGUGGGGAGCCAUCGUGGGAAAUCUCGGAGAGAAUGCGCAUCGGCGCGUCUACGGAGAGCCCCAGCCAGAGUCUAAGCCGCUCCUGCGAAUUCUGCCCACAGGGCCGGCCCACAAGGCGCUCCAAAAGUUCCGCAACAGGACCGUCUACUCAAACGUGGUCAACGACGGCAUUGUACCUCUACGCACAAGCUGUCUUCUCUUUCUGGAUUGGCAGGGUCUGGGGCGGGUGGAAAAGGCUCGUCGAGAGGGUGGCCUCGUGGAAGCUGUUGUUGGGUUUGGGUGGGCCGAGCUGACGGGAGCAAACGUUACCUCUCCUAGACUGGCCCCCUGGUCCCCCAUUGAAAUCAAAGUUGAGGAUGAUGAGAGCACCACGUCUGCAGGGGACACCACCGCCAAGUCGAUCCGCACUGGUUCUGCUGACGAACACGAGGUUCCGCAGCCACCCACAAACGCCACGCUUGAGGACGACGCCCAGAGUCUGAGGUCGGCAAGUUCACCGCCUGACUUGCAUCACCUUCAGUUCUCAUCAAACACAAACAAUUCAAACCCCUUUACCGGCUUCUUCAAUUUCUUCCGCAGCAAUGAUCCUCCCAAGGCGCCGCCACCCCCGUCCCAGAAACAAACCAGGAUUUACCAACGAAGUCAGACCCUAAAGAUGGACAGUGCGUCUGGCUCAAACUCAGCCGCAUCAUCAAAUUCAAAGGUCACUACGGGCCAAGAACUCACAGACGAUCUCGAGGGAAUGUCGGCCCCGCCUCGUACAACUUUCUUCGAGUCUGCCGGCGACUUGCUCAACCCGAAGCUGCCCUCGGUAGAAUACCUCAUCGACCCGUCCAAGCGUCCUCGCACCAUCUUCCACGACCGGAUAUACCACCCCUCAGACAUUCCGCCCCCGCCACUAAAGAAGCGGCCUUCGUCCACCUUCCGCCGAAGGUCGUACACGAGAACCCCCUCCUUUUCCACGCCAUCACCGCGGUCGGCCAUGGCCACGGCAGUCAACGGCAGCGACCCCGUUCCCAUUCCCGCUCCCUUCGCGUCUCUAGGAACUCCACAGCUACCGCACCUACAAGAGGACCCCUCGGCAUCGUCCGGCGAAUACGCAGACACUGUACACACCAACUUGGAGCAGGACCCGCUUGACAUGGUCGACAGCUCCCAGAUGAAGGUCGAGGAAAAGAUUGCCCGUGCCUACCACCGCGACCUAUCGUGGCGUAAGGUGCUCGUCAAGCUCGAGCCCGACGCCCACAACAAUCUGAUUGUUCGUCGCAUGUUCGCCAACGCCUUUGGAUGGCCCGUCGUGAACCACCUCGUCGAGGCACACUUUAGUGACUCGGCCGCUGCGCGCACCCGUGACGACGAAGAGCCCAACACGGAGCGCGCCAAAAACCCCGCCGAGCCGCCUGACGAGCGCGGUGUCGAGACCACGAAGACAACACAUCAACGGAGUCCCUCCGGGAAUGAUAGCACACAAGAACUUAAAGACCCCAAAACUCCCAGUACGAGCGAAAGGCAACACGUCGACGCAGCAGAGUCGUCCGAAGCGCUCGACUUCGUCUCGGACCUCCCGCCUUCUUCUUCUUCACCAUCGGCGGCAAGAAAGAGCACCUCUAGCAGCACCGCCAUGCCCACUCGCCCGCGCUUCGACCGCAUCGACUCGGUGACGUGGAGCGAGCGCGACUGGGCCGACAGCGGCGAUGAGAGCGACGAUUCGACUAACGUCAACAACAGCAGCAGUAGCCGCAGGCGCGAUAUCCACAAUAAUACUAAUAAUAGCGACAGCAACAACAAUAAUAACAGGGCCGAUAGUAUACAGACGCCAGGGGCCAAGGCCAAGGGGGCGGCGACGGAACGGCAACGCAGCGCCAGCCCCCUCAGCUUUGGGAACUGGGCCGAGAAGAUUGUGGGCAAAGUAGCCACCCAACGGCCGCGGUCUGCGAGGUCCUCGGGUCCUGGUGGAACGGAUGCCGAGGCACCUUCUGAUGGCUCCGGUGCAAACAACAGUUCCCUAGCUGCCAAUAAACCUCAAGGAACGCUAGACUGA